CCAGAAAAAGCCGAAAGCGACACGCGUUUGACUCCGACCCAAUCAGGGCCCGCCACGUGUACUACCCUCCACCCAGCACCGCAAACAUCUCCCGCUUCCUUCCCUUCGAUAUCGGAGGCCCCGAAAUUUGCUCUGGAUUUUUCUUCCCAAUUGCCGCUCGGAUUUUGCGUUUUUUCGAUUCUGUAAUUUCCAAAUCCGAAUUUCCGUAAAUUAAUUUAAUUUUUCCGAAAUCCCGAUACAAAAAAUAAAAAUUUAAUUAUACUGUUUUGAGAUGAUUCAACGGUUCGUUGACAACAUCAUCGCCGUCACCAAAGAGUCAGUGAAGACGUUAACGUACGAAUCGCUGAACAAUAUCGUGCGGCUGAUAAAUGGAAUUUCGGCUCUGUUGCUGACGUUUCUGCCGGGGAAGGCGAACAUUCUCGAAGGCAUUCAUGGAUGGGAGCUCAGGCCCACCUUUCGCGGGCCCAGAUUUCCUCGCUGGAUGGAGAAUGGGGUGUCCUCUUUCAAUCGUUUUGUACACGAGCUUUCUGUGGAUUCUGAUUCUGAUGGUUCGAACCUUGAUUACGCAUACGGAGAUGAAGAUAGUGAUGAUGGCAUAUCUCCUACAUCACCAUCCUCUCAAAGUUCAAGAGCCUCUCGGGCUUCUAGUUUCAGUAAGCGCGAUAGGCGCUGGUCGUGGUGGAUGUGGAUCAGAUACAUAUUUUUCUGGAUUCUGUUUCCAGCAAGGUUUCUGCUUGGGAUUCCAGUUCGCAUUUUGCAAUUGUCUUAUACUAGGUCAUCAAAAGCCUCUUCUGCCCCAGGAAGCAAUGAGGCUUCGCAAACACACCCUAUAAAUAAAGUGCAGAUUCUCAAGGAUUACAUUGUUCACCGAUCCACUGAUAGGAGACGUGGAGUCAUUGAGGAUCUUCAUCUAGCAAUCGAGAUAUUCAUAGAAGCUGUUUUUGAUGUUGUUCACAAGGCAGCACAUUUUGUUCUUUCCCCUUCUGUGGCUUUUAAAACACUAUCAGGAUGGUGUUCACUCAGCAGCGGUGGUGUUCAAGAUAGCCACAGUAGUGAUACAGAAGUUACUGUUCCAACAGCUACACUUGGAGAGAAUGAUCCAGCUCCUAAAGAAAGGAAUACUUCAUUUCAGCAGUCCCUAAAUACCGAUGCUCGGACUUGUCAGGAUGUCAUAACAGAGCUUGGGUACCCAUAUGAAGCUAUUCAUGUGAUCACUAGUGAUGGCUAUGUUCUUCUCUUGGAAAGGCUCCCGAGACGUGAUUCCCGGAAAGCUGUUUAUCUACAACAUGGAAUUUUGGAUUCAUCUAUGGGUUGGGUGUCUAAUGGGGUUGUUGGUUCACCGGCAUUUGCGGCUUAUGAUCAAGGAUAUGAUGUUUUCCUCGGUAACUUUCGUGGCUUGAUUUCUAGGGAACAUGUUAACAAAAAUAUCUCAUCACGACAGUAUUGGCAGUACUCCAUCAAUGAGCAUGGGACUCAGGAUAUUCCUGCAAUGAUAGAGAAGAUUCACCAAGUUAAAACUGCUGAAUUGAAACUUAGUCAACCUGACGUUGACGAAGAAACAAAUGAUGGUCAACCGUACAAACUCUGUGCAAUUUGCCAUAGCUUGGGAGGAGCAGCAAUACUUAUGUACGUUAUAACACAGAGAAUAGAAGAGAAACCCCACAGACUCUCUAGACUGGUUUUACUGUCACCUGCUGGCUUCCAUGGUGAUUCCACCUUUAUGUUCACAGUUGUGGAGAAUGUCUUUCUUCUAUUGGCUCCUCUUCUGGCUCCCCUUGUGCCUGCCUUCUACAUACCAACCAGGUUCUUUCGCAUGCUUCUGAACAAGUUGGCGCGAGACUUUCAUAACUAUCCUGCUGUAGGAGGACUGGUUCAGACCCUGAUGAGUUAUUUUGUUGGUGGGGAUAGCUCAAAUUGGGUUGGUGUGUUAGGGAUACCACAUUAUAACAUGAACGACAUGCCGGGCGUAUCAUUCCGAGUGGCUCUCCAUCUUGCACAAAUCAAGCGUGCUGGAAGGUUUAGAAUGUUCGAUUACGGGAGUGGUUCUGCUAAUAUCGAAGUGUAUGGAUCUCCAGAGCCAUUCGACUUGGGGGAGUACUAUGGGCUUAUUGAUGUUCCAGUUGAUCUGGUUGCUGGACGAAAGGACAAGGUAAUUCGGCCAUCAAUGGUCCGAAAGCAUUAUAAGUUGAUGGAUGAAUCAGGUGUUGAUGUAUCAUAUGGUGAAUUUGAGUACGCCCAUCUGGACUUCACAUUUUCGCACCGAGAAGAACUAUUGGCGUAUGCCAUGUCACGCUUGCUGCUUGUUGAGCCAACUCCAAAGCAGCAAUCCAGUCAGAAGGCCGUAAGGUUGAAGAAGAAAACCCCGGCCAAUAGUUGAUUAAGUUCGAGAAAGCCCAUGCAUAUCCGUCCUUUUUUCUUCAGGAUCUGGCAUGUGCUACAUACUCAGGUGCAGAUUACUGAUAGUCUGUUAUAGAUGAUUGAAUAUGUCGAUACGUCUUACCCCAGGGCAGUCAGUUGUGAGAGUUGCUGCCAUGGUUUCUUCUCCGCCUAUUUUUUCGCCGAAAGUUAACUGUCCGAAGGCAUGAAAAUACCUUGGAUUGAGCUUUGUACAAAAACCCAUAUGUGUAUAUUUUGUAAUGGAUCUAAGAAUCAUGUUGUGUGUCUUGUAACGUUAAUACUGCAUAGGAUGUUUUGUCAAGCGAACGCUCGAACAUUUCCUUUUACAUUGCAAAACUCCACAAACAAUUAGUACUAUGAGAACUGUUUACAUUGUGUUGGUA